AUGGGGCUGGACCAACUGGCACCAAUGGUUGAGGUGAUGAUGGUGAGGGGGCCGUGGAGGCAGCCUGAGGGAACUGCAAGCUGUGGCAGUGGACCCGAGGCCAGAGAUGGACCAGUUCCAGGCUCUGGGAAGUUGCAACCCCAAGGCACCACACAUGGAGAAGGCAGCCACUGGGACAGAGGCAUCUCCACAGCAGUUGCCAAGCAACUCAAAGCAAAGGGUGGCGGUGCGGGCUGCAGUAACUGGGGCCACACCCAUGAAAUGGAUGAACAUGGCCAGAGCAUGCUCCAUUUUGCUGCAGCAAGAGCACAUGGGCGUAAUGGAUUAUUCCAGCUCCUGCAGGAGACUGGUUUGAAUGCUGGCUAUAGGGAUGAAUUGUAUCGCACAGCACGAGAUGUUGCAAUCCAGGCUAAUAUUCCUGACAAUAUUCAUGACAUUGAUAAGUGGGUCCUUCAUCUUGCUGCAAAUGGAGAAAGGGAGAAGCUUAUGGAACUUCUGCUAGAGGGUUAUGAUCAUAUACUUGAUGUCGAAAAUGAUGAUGGACUAUCAAUAAUUGAGGUAGUAGCAGAAAGUGAACAGCCUGAGACAUUACAAUUUUUGCAGUCUAUAUCUGACUUUGAGGAAAGAAGAGAGGAGCUUCAUAAUGCCGUACGUCAGGGGAAUCUUUUGAGAGUUCGUGAGCUUCUUGAAGCAGAUGAUGCAGAACUUCUUGCUAUUGCAAAGAACAUAUAUGGUCGAAGCAGUCUGCAUAUAGCUGUGCUGUGUCAAGAUGAAGAGAUCACACAGUUUCUGACUGAUAGAUUUCCUGCAACACUGAAAACCGGAGAUAAUCUUGAAAGGACUGCAUUACACUAUGCAAUGGGUGUGGAAAAAGUUGAAGAACUAAGUACAUUCCUCAUAAGAGCAGGAGCCAGAAGAAUUGCAAAGGAUCUGGCAGCAGUGGAAGGAGGCCAGGAGCUGGCCAAUAUCAAGACGAAAGGUGCCCAAGAGACAUAUUGGGUCACCAACGAUGAUGGUGUUGGUUUUGAAGAGAUUUGCAGAGUCCUACAGAAUUCUGGGGAUGAAGAUUUUGCUGUGAGAUGUGGCAAGUCUGGUGAUUUGACCUUCGUUGACACUGGAUCAAUGAGGGUGCUCCACAGCUCAUGA